AUGUCCACACAGCAGGGGAUGCUGAAAGACAUUUUGGGCCAAGUUGGCAAGGGGACAUUUAUUGAGCCUCCUUUCAUCCCGGACUACGGAUGUAACGUCAUAAUUGGCGAGAAUUGCUUCAUCAACUUCAACUGUACCAUCCUGGACACAAGCUUGGUGAUUAUCGGCAAUCGUGUUCAGUUUGGUCCGAACGUGAGCAUUUACAGUGCUGGCCACGAGACGAGCGUACUGUCGAGGAUCAAGUUUGUCGAGUUCGGAGAUCCCGUCCGCAUUGAGGACGAUGCUUGGAUUGGCGGUGGCACAAUUAUCUUGCCAGGGGUCACCAUCGGGAAGGGGAGCACUAUCGGAGAAGGAUCUAUUGUGAUAAAGGAUAUUCCCCCUUAUUCUGUCGCGAUUGGUUCUCCGGCAAAGGUGGUCAAGGUGCUGCCUACCGUGGAGGAAGAAUUGGCAGACCCGGGGAACCCGUACAGAAAUAUGCCUGACAGGGAUUGA